AAGUCGUAUUGUUGUUGCUUCUCGCAGAGAACGAGCAUGCUUGAGCUCGAGCGAGGGAAAUUGAGUUGCUAACCUGGGUGUAAAGAAAGCAGGAAAGUAUUCAGAGAAGAGGAGGUCGGUUGGAGUUUUGUUAUCCGCAGUGGGAAAUGUCAACUCUUCCAUAUGGACGCAAGAAUCAUGAAGGGUCAAUGGGCAUAUCAGACAGCGAUUCAGAGGACGAGACCAAGAUCCCCCUUAGUCAGUUCUAUCCAUACAUCCGCUGUGCCCUUUGCUGUGGCUUCCUCAUCGAUGCUACCACCAUCACAGAGUGUCUGCACACAUUCUGCAAGAGCUGCAUCGUGAAGCACUUUUUCUACAGCAACAGGUGUCCAACGUGCAACAUUGUAGUCCAUCAGACACAACCGCUUUACAACAUCAGGCCUGAUAGACAACUGCAGGAUAUUGUUUAUAAAAUGGUUCCCUUCCUAGAAGAGUCUGAAAGAGAACAAAUGAUUAAGUUCUACAAGAUGAGAGGGCUGGAGAUGCCUAACCCAGUGGUGGUUUCCCCUCCACCUCCUGUUGCGUUAAGAAGGCAGAAGAAGGACAACGUUCCCCAGUCUGUGUUUACUAUUCCUCCUGAGCUGAAUGUAUCUCUGCUGCUUGAGUUUGUUGGAGCUGAAGAGGGCAUCAGUGACUACAAGCCAUUAGAGAGGCGGUACGUUCGUGUGUCAGGUGAGGCCACUGUCCGCCACGUGGAACUUUUCAUCAGGAGGAAGAUGGAGCUGAGCCCCUCCUGCCAGGUUGAUGUAGUUUGUGGAGAUCACCUGCUGGAUCACUGCCAGUCACUCAAAGAUAUACAGAACUCUGUGGGCGAAGAGGCACUACAGGACGGCCUGUUGGUGCUGCACUUUGGUUUGGUCCUGCCCUCCCAGCCUUGAGUACAAGGAGUGGAUUUAUUUAAUUCCUCAUGGGAUGAACUGAUCUUUUGGACUUUGUCUUCAUCAGACUGUUAUCAAAGUAUAAAGUUUCUACAAUGGCAUUAUAACCAACCGUAUUGAUUGUUCACUCUCUAAACUUUUCAUAAAACUUACUGUCAAAGAGCGCAACUUGGAUUUCUUCAUUGAACUGUCUAGAAUGAAAAGAUGUAAACCUGAACUCUUCUGUUCACACCUUGGCAUCAAAGGUUCAACUCCAAAGAUCAUCAUCUUGGGUUUUUUUUCUCUUUAUGAGUUUGGGUAUGAUAUCUGAUAAUUGUCAUUUAAAGGGCUUGAAACAAAAAGAUCACACCUCCCAAAGGUUUUAUAGGGCUUAAGUCUGCCUAUCUCUUAUACUUAGUGAAGAGCUGUCAACUUUUGUAUAGACUCUACUGAUGUCAGUGUAUUUGCGAUACAACUCACCGGAGCACAGAGAUUUAUUUAAAAGGGGUUUGUAUAAAAACAAGUCUUGGAUAGAGUUUUAAUUAAAAAUACUGUUCCUGCUUACUUUUUUCAGAAUGAAUCAAUAAAUGACUACACACAAUGUU